AUGAAUAAAUUACUAUUUAAUAGAUGGACCUUAACAUUUGCAAAUAAAGACUAUGAAGAUUUAUAUGAAAUUGAGAUGAGUAAAUACAGACUUCACUACUUCCGCAUCAUAGAAACAAUCAUUAUGCUUUUAUGCUUUUAUUAAUUCACUAUAUAUUUGAUUGAUGGACAACAUGUUUUUUUGAUAAUUACUUUGGCAGUUUUAGGUGCUUUCAUCUUAGGUGUCUUAAUAAUUACUAAAAAGUUUGAUAAAAAGAUUAGAUAUUAUCACUUUUUUAUAUAUUUGAUUUCUAUCACUAUCAGUGUAUAUGUAGCCACAUAGACUAAAUAAAAGUAAUUUGUAGUUUUUAUUUUUUAGAGCUCUUUAUUUAAUUGGUUUUUACAGUGGAUCAAUUUCAGUUAUCCAGUAUUUGUUUAGUAAUUUUUGCUUAAGGAUACUAGCAUUUUUAGUUGUUCCCACAGUUUAAUUAUAUAUAAUGGAUGCUCUUACUGCUUAAGAUUUUUCUUAUAUUAUCCUAUUGUUUGCUUCUUAAUUUUUGGUAAUUGUAUAUUCCCAUUAUAAUGAAUUUAUGUAUCGCCUAGCCUUUUCUUAUAUGCAUUACAAUAUUAAAUUAAAGUAAUCCAUUCAAGUUUUAUACUAGAGAAAUACUUGAUGAAUAUGUGCCUCAUUGUUUCUUUGCUAUAAGUUUAAAUUAGCAUAAUAAUUAGUUUUAAUUGGAAUUCGUUAAUCAACAAGGCAAGUCUUAAUUUAAUAUUGAAGAUACAAAAUCUAUGAUUGAAAUUUUGAGAAAUACUUAUGUUGGACAUAAGAAUUAAAUAAAUGCAAUUAUUGAUUUAUCUUAGAUUUAAAUUUAUAAAUCAGGAGAUAUUUCAACAAAAAAAUUAUAGACGAAAAGAUAAACAUUGGAAGAAUAUUCGUUUUAUAAAAUUAAACAAAACUUAUAAAUAAAAAAUGAUCAUAUAAAGCUUAUUGAAUAAUUAGAUGGCGUUUAUUUUGAUAAUGAAAAAUAACAAAAUAAUAUUUUAAAUAUAGAUAUCAGAUAACUUAAUUAUGGAAAAAAUUACUUAUUAUUUGUUUUAAAAGAAGAGAAACCUUAGCAAAUGAUGUCAAAAAGUGAAGAACAAAUCAAGUUUCUUAAUAAAAUAGUAAACUUUGUAACAAAUCAAUUAUUUACAUCUCUUUCCCAUCUAUCUAAUGCUAUUUUAAAUAUUAAUUUUACAUAAUUAGAUAAUGAAAAAGUAAAGUCUAUCUAAUGUUUAAAUUUAUCGAUUAUGAAUUAAUUUUAAAAUUUUUAUUAUUUUGUAAAUGCUUGCAAAAUAAACAAUGAGCCAUUAAGUUGUAAAAUUGUAAAUUUAAAACAAUUUAUUAAUAAUUUAGAACCUUAUUUUUCAUAUAUGUCAAAUACAUUAAAAAAAAGAUUCUUUAUUUAAAUGAAUAUUGAGGAGUUGAUUGUUAAAAUUAGUUCUAAAUUUCUUUCUUAAAUCAUAGUUAACAUUUUUGAAUAAUGUUUGGCUUAGGCAGAUGUAAAUACAAACAUAACAUUAACAAUUAAAACUGAAAUGAACUUGAACCCUUUAGUUUAUGAAAAUAAUCAUGAGGAAAAAAGCAGUAUUCAAGAAUUCGAUUUUAUAAAAAAAGUAGUAGUGGAAUCAGAAGAAAGUCCAACAAAAUCAGAUGUUUAGAAACUUAUUAAGUUCGAGUUUUCUUUUUUUACUGAAAAAUAAAUAGAAUUACAGCCUUAAAAUUAAUUAAUUUUAAAUCCUUAAAGUUUUGAAGAUUUUUAAUUCAACAAUAAGUAAGAGUUCUUAUUAAUAUAUCCUAUUACUAAUUUUUUACUUAAGAAAAUAGGACCUUAUAAUUCAGUUUAAUAAUUCUAAAAUAUAAAUUGCGAAUUUAAAUCAACAUCAAAAUAAGCAAUAAAUAUAUUUCCUUCAAUGAUGGAUUUGUUUUAGGUCCAGAAUUUAUAUUAAAAUACAAUUUCGUUUUAUAUAUAUAGUGAUCAAACUUUGCUAACUUAAUCGUUUAUAAAGUACGUGCAGUAGAAAUCAUUUUUGGAUUAUUGA